AUAGCCCAGUUCUCUUAUAAUAUUAAACAGUCGUCAGCUACAAAAAAGGCACCAUUAGAGGUUACGAGAUUGUACCUGCCCAGAAUGGGUGUAGAACCCGGUAAAAGCAAGAAUGAGGCUGCAGGGAACAUGGCUAAGGACAUGAAAUCUGCCUUAGACAAAACACGCAAGGUAUUAUUCAAAACUGCAGAGCAGAUGAAAGACAGGGCAGAGUGUAGACGCUCCAAGGCUCCUGAUUACAAGGUCAGCGACCUGGUCUGGUUAGAUACUGACCACCUACAAUUG